AUGCGAGGGACCAUAAUCCGAACGAGUUGUUGUUCCGAUCUCGAGCCCGUUCGUCGCAGUGCAGCAUCGCUAGCUCUUCUUGGUUUCUUGCUGCGCGUUUGCCAAGAUUUUCGCUUCCCGUGUGGUUUGAUGCUGAUCGUCGUUGUGCGUGCAGGCAACCUGUUCGAGAAAAUGCUUCAGGCGGGCGCGGGGCGGGGGCCGCCGCACGACGCGGCAGCGGGGGCCACCGGCGCGGGAGGCGGUGGACGCGACCGCAUCAGCGACCUCACGGACGACCUGUGCCACCACGUCUUCUCCUACAUGAAGGCGUGGGAGGUGGUCCGCACGAGCGCGCUCUCGAGGCGGUGGCGCCGCACCUGGGCCUCCGCGCCGUGCCUCGACAUCCGCUGGCUGUGCGCCUGCUCCCGCCGCGUUGACCAGGAUUGGUACGCCGAGUUCGUCAAGCACCUGCUUCUCCGGCGGGACCGCAAGCCGUUGAACACGCUCCGGCUGCACUGGAACCACGACGACGCCAACACGUGGAUCGUUCAUGCUCUCAGGCGCAAUGCCACAGCUAUCCAGCUCUCCGCCAAGCAUCACCGCCCAAUCCUCAAGCUGGAUUGCACGGUCUUCCUUUCUGGCAACCUCAACAUCUUGCAGCUCGCCAACGUGUCCUUGCACAGCCGCUCCCUCUCGGGGCUCCGUUCUAGGUGUACUUCUUUGGAAGAACUAGAGCUCAGGAAAGCUCUCAUAUUUGCCUCGGAGAUUCGAUCAACCUCACUCAAGCGUUUGACUAUGGUCAACUGUGGAAUCUUUAACGGCCUCACGGUUGACGCUUCGAACCUUGCAGCCCUGCGAUGCAUCAGACCUCGCAGUUUUGUUCCUCAGAUCGAGAACUCGGGGUCACUAGUGACGGCCACUAUCAUGCUUGAUGACGCUUGCUUGCAACAUGCUCGCCCAUGGUCAGUACAGGAUGAUGAGAACGAUGGCGACACAUAUACUGAUGCUGAGGACUCUGACAUCAAUGAAUCUCAAUCUCAAUCUGAUGAUGAUAGCUGUGCAGUUGCUGAUGAGCAUGCAAGGGAUCGUGAGCAUCAUGGAAGCGGUGAUAUUGUAGUUUAUGGUGGCAAACGUAUUUUUCACAGCCUCUCGAAUGUCAGAACAAUGAACUUGUCAGCUCAUCGAGGAGAGGUUCUGCUGACUACGGAACUGGAGAACUGCCCUGUGUUCGAAAACCUGAGGACUCUAUCCCUUGGUGAAUGGUGUAUAGAUAGCGAGUUUAAUGCAUUAUCAACCAUGCUUGAGAAAUCUCCCAACUUAGAGAACCUUUUCGUUCACCUCGAGAAGGCCUGCAACAGCAGAGAUAACAGCAACCCAAGUGAAACAUCAUGUACUUACAACAACCUGAAGGUGAAGAUCUCAUAUUCAGGGGAUGGCAUGAUUGCCCGUCAGCUCGAAGACUUCUUCCGCACCAAUAAUGGCUCAUGGGAGAAGCGCAAGGCGCAAGGCAAAGCUGCCGAGAGUUCAGCGAAGCAGAGGAGGAUAAGGAGCCCAGAGGGAGGGCAAGGUGGUGGGAACUAG